CUUCUGCUAAAGUGGCUUGGGAAGGAGUCAGCAGAGCAUAUUGAGCAGAUAAGAGCAAUACACAUCAACCGGCCAGAAGCAGGACUGGCCAUGGCAUGGGAAAGGCUCGAGCUAACAUAUGGCUCAGCUGAAGCAAUAGAAAAUGCUCUGUUCAAACGCAUUGACAGUUUUCCAAAAAUAAUAAACCGAGAUGGACCUAAGCUGACAAAGCUGGGUGAUCUACUGAUGGAACUGCAGGCCGCCAAGGCUGAAGGAGACUUACCAGGCCUGGCUUUCCUUGACACGGCGAGAGGCGUCAACCCAAUUGUACAGAAACUCCCGUCUCGUCUCCAGGACAAGUGGGUGAUAGCUGGUGCAGCCUACAAGAGUCAAAACAAGGUAAACUAUCCUCCCUUUGGUUUCUUUGUCGAUUUUGUCAGCCAGCAGGCUCGCAUUGCAAAUGAUUCAAGCUUCAGCUUCAUCGGCAAUCCAGACACGGCCCCGAGGACAGAGAAGACAGCAUGGAAGCCAAACAGACAGCGGGAAGUCUCCGUCCACAAGACAGAGGUGUCACCCAGAGCCACGUCUGACACGGGUGAGCCUCCAACAAAAUCCGACGACAGCGACAAACUGUGUCUGUUGCAUAAAAAGCCCCAUCCUCUCCCAAAGAACUGCAGACUCAAUGUCCAGUGUUUGGAAUGUAAGAGCGAUAGGCACAACACAGCGCUUCACCCCGGGCCCGCACCCUGGCAGCAGGAGGCUGGCCCUGCUUCUGAGCACGGCGGGGAGGAAGAUGCAGCUUCAUCGCAGUCUCAGAUCACCAACAAAUGCACAAAAGUCUGCGGAGGCGAACUCACAGACCGCUCCUGCUCAAAAAUAUGCCUCAUCAAAGUGUUCCCAACUGGCCACAGAGAAAAAGCUGUGAAAUUGUAUGCGAUCAUGGACGAGCAGAGCAACAGGUCGCUGGUUGACUCACAGUUCUUCGACAUGUUCAACGACCAAAGUCCAAGCGCACCGUACACACUGAGAACAUGUGCUGGAGUGAAGCAAUCAGCAGGUAGGAGGGCCAGUGGCUAUGAAGUGGAGUCUCUGGAUGGAACUGUUCGCGUCCCGUUGCCAAGCCUCAUAGAAUGUAACGACAUACCGAACAACAGAGAAGAGAUUCCAACCCCUGAAGUAGCUCUUCAUCAUGAUCAUCUAAGUGCCCAAUACGACGGCAUAUCACUCAACAACGUGCUGUUAACGGGACCUGACCUGAAUAACACACUUCAGGGAGUGCUGAUCCGGUUCAGAAGAGAGGCCAUCGCCAUCACAGCCGACAUAGAGCAGAUGUUCUAUUGCUUCCGGGUAAGAGAAAAAGACCGUAACUUCUUGCGUUUUCUCUGGUUCCAGAACAACGACCUCUCCAAAGCCAUCGUGGAUUACCGCAUGAACGUCCACGUUUUCGGCAACAGCCCUUCACCUGCAGUGGCUAUUCACGGUCUACACAAGUCGGUCCAAGGCAACGAGUUCCAUGUCGACCCAGAUGUGCAGCACUUCGUGUUGCACGACUUCUAUGUCGAUGAUGGACUGAAGUCCCUACCCACGGUUCAAGCUGCUAUCAGCCUGCUAAAAAGGACACAGGAUGUGCUCUCCAAGUCAAAUCUGAGACUUCACAAGAUUGCAGCGAACAACAACGAGGUCAUGGACGCCUUUCCAUCCAGUGACCACGCGAGUGACCUCAAAGACCUUGACCUCGACGCAGACGAGCUGCCAUUGCAGCGCAGCCUCGGGCUUGACUGGAAUCUCAAGACAGACUGCUUCCUUUUUAAUGUCUCCAGUGCAGCCAAGCCCUACACCCGGCAAGGCUAUCCUGCGAGAGCUCACGGCGGAGAACGGUGA